CUCUAGUGCAUCAGGUCAGAAAGUCUGACAAGGAUACACUGCUUAUCCAGCUAUCUUUCGCCGAAGGUUACGCGUGCUAUCUAUCAGCUUUCGGCAUGACGCCACUUAUAAGCAGUUGGAACACGUUCGCUAUGGACAUCCGUAACCCGUGACAGCUCACAUCUAACGGUCAUGUCUGCAGUUAUCAACCCCAAAAGCGCCCUGAAGGUCGUGAUGGGUGCUAUGACUUUUGGCGUAGAAGGUUCCGAAGGCGCUCGGGUCCACGACCUCAAAGACGUGGAAACCAUUCUCGACAUCUUUCAGAGCCAUGGCCACAGUGAGGUCGACACCGCGCGAAUUUAUGCGUUCGGUACCAGCGAAGAAUAUCUCGGAAAACUCAACUGGCAGAGCCGGAACUUGAUCAUGGACACCAAGCAUUACCCUCAUGCCCGGAUGGGCCGACCCGUCGAAGAGGGCGAAUUGUGUGAUCACUCCCCAGAGGGGUUGCGCCAGAAUCUCAUGGCAUCCUUGAAGGCCCUGAACACCAACAAAGUCGACAUGUGGUAUCUACACGGCCCUGACCGCACCAUACCAUACGAGGUCACCCUAAAAGCUGUCAAUGAUUUGCACAAAGAAGGGUACUUCAAAACUCUUGGCAUUAGCAAUUACAUGUCUUGGGAAGUAGCGCAAAUGGUGGAGGUAUGCAGAUCCAACGGGUAUAUCCAACCUACAGUGUACCAAGGCGUUUACAAUGCGAUACAAAGAACCGCAGAACCAGAACUGUUCUCCUGCUUACGAAAAUAUGGUAUAAGCUUUUAUGCCUUCAGUCCCCUCGCAGGAGGCUUUUUCACUGGUCGGUACAUCAGCCAAGAUGAUCAGGCUGAAGCAGGUAGCCGGUUUGAUCCUAGCAGAGUUCAGGGCAAGCAUCAUCGUAAUAGGUAUUGGAAUGACACCUACUUUGCUACUGUCAAGUCGAUCCGCGACAUCGCUGAAGCACACAAUCUAACCGUACCAGAAGUGGCUUUGCGGUGGAUCUCUCAUCACAGUUACCUGUCUCGUGAAGCUGGCGAUGCAGUCAUUAUUGGAGCAUCUAGUGCGAAGCACACAGAACAGAACCUUUUGGAUCUCGAAAAGGGCCUUUUGCCUGAUGAAGUUGUGAAAGCCCUUGAAGAUGCUUGGCUUUCUGUCAAGGCUAUCUCUGCCAAUUACUGGCAUUAGAUAAUCGAAGUAGCGUAGAUUGGCAACAUCUGUGCAACCAACAAGAGAUUCUCAGAGAAAUACGUGUUUCAUACUCAU